GUUGUGAUGUUUUGCAAAUAAAUCUUCAUGAGAUUAUGAAACUUGUUUUCCUUCUCCUCUUGUGCAUUUAUUUAAAUUCCUUUUUGGAUUCUUCAGGCUGCUGGCAUUGCUUAAGAUAGUUUUUACUUUUUCUAUUCUAUCACUAGUUGUAAUAGAAUUCAAAUUUAUAUACAAACACACAUAUAUGGAAUUUAAGAAAUUAUUCUGGACAUAUUUAGAGAGGACGGUUACCUGUAUGUUGCCCUCAAUCUGUAUCAUUGAUUCUUGUGAUGCUCGGAAGGCCUGCUAGCAUUUUUUGCUGCUAACUAUCUGGAUGGGUUAUUUAUAUGAAGAUCCUGACAAGUUUUGACCUGAUGGUGUCCUAAUUUGCCAAAUGAUUGAUGUGCUUAACACUUCAGCAUAGAUGAUCUUUGUUUUUUGGAGAUUCUAAAGCUGUUUUAGCUUCACAAAUUGGUUAAUUGGUUUGGAGCUUUUCAUUAGUCUUUCUCACCAACUUGUAUGGUUUUGUCAAAAAACUAGUUGGUUAAACUGAAGGAAAUUCUCAUCAUGGAUAUAGAUCUUAGGUUACCUUCUGGUGAACAGUGCAAAGAAGAUGAAGAUGCAAAUGGAAUUGAUAACAUGCUAGAUGCUGAAGAGAAACUACAUAAUGGGGAUUUAGAGGGUGGAAAAAUUGUGGAUGUUGGAGCUGAUGUACAUGCCGAAAAUGGUGGUCAUCUAAAUUCUUCCAUGGCAGACAUGGUGUUUAAAGAGGAUAUGAAUCUUGAACCUCUUUCCGGUAUGGAAUUUGAAUCACAUGGGGAAGCAUAUUCUUUUUAUCAAGAAUAUGCUCGGUCCAUGGGAUUCAACACUGCAAUACAGAACAGUCGCCGUUCAAAAACAUCAAGAGAAUUUAUUGAUGCAAAAUUUGCCUGUUCUAGGUAUGGGACUAAAAGAGAGUAUGACAAAUCCUUCAACCGACCACGUGCCAGGCAGAAUAAGCAAGAUCCAGAAAAUACUACUGGUCGGCGAUCAUGUGCAAAGACUGACUGCAAAGCAAGCAUGCAUGUGAAGAGAAAGCCAGAUGGAAAAUGGGUCAUACAUAGUUUUGUGAAGGAACAUAAUCAUGAACUUUUACCUGCCCAAGCUGUCAGUGAACAAACCAGAAAGAUGUAUGCUGCAAUGGCAAGGCAGUUUGCGGAAUAUAAAAAUGUUGUUGGCCUAAAAAAUGAUCCCAAAAAUCCAUUUGAUAAAGGUCGUAAUUUGGCACUAGAAGGAGGAGAUGUGGAAAUUUUUCUUGAUUUUCUGACACAGAUGCAGAAUUUGAAUUCCAACUUCUUUUAUGCAAUGGAUUUGGGUGAAGAUCAACGUCUGAAGAAUGUAUUUUGGGUUGAUGCUAAAAGCAGGCAUGAUUACAGCAAUUUCUGUGAUGUUGUUUCCUUUGAUACUGCAUAUAUUAGAAACAAAUAUAAGAUGCCGCUUGCUCUUUUUGUUGGAGUGAACCAGCACUAUCAAUUCAUGUUGCUUGGAUGUGCUUUACUAUCAGAUGAAACUGUAGCCACAGUUUCUUGGCUAAUGCAGAUUUGGCUGAAAGCAAUGGGUGGACAAGCACCAAAAGUGAUCAUUACUGACCAAGACAAAGCAAUGAAAUCUGUUAUUCCAGAGGUCUUUCCAAAUGCUCACCAUUGCUUUUUCCUUUGGCAUGUACUCGGGAAGGUCUCUGAGAAUCUCGGUCAUGUAAUUAAACAGCAGGAGAACUUUAUGGCAAAAUUUGAAAAAUGCAUUUACAGAUCAUGGACAGAUGAAGAGUUUGGGAGAAGGUGGUGGAAAAUCCUUGAUAGGUUUGGCCUCAAAGAGGACGAAUGGAUGCAGUCACUGUAUGAGGACAGGAGAAAAUGGGCACCAGCUUAUAUGACUAAUGUGUUUUUGGCUGGGAUGUCUACAGUUCAGCGAUCUGAGAGUGUAAACUCCUCCUUUGACAAGUAUGUUCAUAAGAAGACUACUGUGCAGGAGUUUGUGAAACAAUAUGAAGCAAUUCUGCAAGAUAGGUAUGAAGAGGAAGCCAAAGCUCAUUCUGAUACGUGGAAUAAACAACCUACAUUAAAAUCUCCAUCACCUUUUGAGAAGAGUGUUUCUGGAGUCUAUACUCAUGCAGUAUUCAAGAAAUUUCAAGUUGAGGUUUUAGGUGCAGUUGCUUGUCAUCCUAAAAGGGAAAGCCAAGAUGGAGCAAGCUUCAUUUUCAGAGUUCAAGAUUUUGAAAAGAAUCAGGACUUUAUAGUAACUUGGAACGAAAUGAAGCCAGAAGUUUCUUGUAUAUGCCGCUUAUACGAAUACAAAGGUUAUCUAUGCAGGCAUUCAAUGAUUGUUCUUCAAAUUUGUGGCCUCUCUGCUAUUCCAUCUCAAUAUAUUUUGAAACGGUGGACGAAAGAUGCGAAAAGCAGGCACUUUUUGGGGGAAGAAUCCGAGCAGGUACAAACUAGGUUGCAGAGAUACAAUGAUUUGUGUCAGCGUGCAAUGAAAUUGAGUGAAGAGGCAUCGUUAUCUCAAGAUAGUUACAAUAUUGCUUUCCGUGCCCUUGAAGAAGCUUUGGAAAAUUGUGUGGGUGUCAAUACUUCUAAUAAGAGUCCUACGGAAGCUGUUGCAUCACCCACUCAUGGUCUAAUCUCCAUUGAAGAGGACAAUCAGAGUAGAAGUAUGAGCAAGACAAACAAGAAAAAGAAUCCAACAAAGAAAAGGAAGACAAACUCAGAGCAGGAGGUUAUGACUGUUGGAGCACCAGACAGCAUACAACAAAUGGAUAAGUUAAGCCCGAGAACAGUAACCCUUGAUGGCUAUUAUGGUGCACAACAGAGUGUGCCAGGAAUGGUACAGCUGAACCUAAUGGCACCAACACGCGACAGUUAUUAUGGGAAUCAGCAGACCAUUCAGGGGCUGGGGCAGCUGAACUCGAUAGCACCAAGCCACGAUGGCUACUAUAGUGCUCAACAAAGCAUGCAUGGGCUGGGGCAGAUGGAUUUCUUCCGAACGCCAGCUGGUUUUACUUAUGGCAUUCGGGAAGACCCCAACGUAAGAACAGCACAGUUACAUGAAGAAGCAUCUAGACAUGCAUGAAGAUCUUGCUUUAUUCUCUUGCCACUAAGGCUGGGAGGAAAAGACCCCUGAAAACUUGUGCAGGAGGGAAGGAUUGGAGUGAAGCCAAAGUUCCUGUAAAGAAGGGUGUGCAGCACAAAAUAUUACGGGUGGAAUGUGCAGAGGAAAGAGAAGCUUCUCUUUUAAGGUACUUGUAAGAUAAGAUAGAAUUGGGAUGUUGUUCAUCUUCAACGUCACACGUGAGAUUUAGUUGAGAGUUGUAACAAAUUCAAGUUGGAGAUAAUAUCUCUUGUAAAGUUGUUGUAUUAUUAUACUUACAGUCAAGUAGGAUAAGUUGAAAUUAAACAAAAGGAAAUUCACUUCUUCAGCCACA